AUAAUUACACAUUUUUUUAGUUACUAAUCCAACAAGUAGUAGGAGGUGUAGUGAGUGGUGGGGAAAAAUGUAUAUAUAAAGUAUUUUGACUUUACUGCCAUCAUAUUUGCUUAAGCUUAGCAAUCAUGGCACGUUGUGAACCAUACACACGAUAUGGAAUAGAAGUUAUCGUUGAUAUACAAGCGUUUAAGUUCAAUGACCAAACGAUUAUUAAAGAACCUGUGCUUGUCAAUCUUAACGAUGAUCACAUAGAACCAGCUCAUUGGGUUUUUUCACCAUCUUGUCUAUGUGAAAAACUUCCCAGCUAUUCCAAGAGAGAGAAUUCUUGGCUCACGGCUAACAUUCAUGGGAUUGAUUGGAAUGUAGGAAACAUUCCAUACGAUAUUCAAGAAAUAGGUCGUUUAGCGGCAGACACUGAUGUAGUCAUGAUCUACGUUAAAGAUCGUCACAAAGUUCAGUGACUAUCCCAAUAUCUAGAUCAUGUUUGAUUUAGAAGAUGUUCUUUGUCCUUGACUGUAAUAGUUAGGGUUUCGAAGACCCAUCGUUUACCGUUAAUGUCAUCCUGUCUGGUCUGAAAACUGUGCGUUUCAAAAUGUAACAGCACUCAAACGGUGUAUUAAAAGUACAAGGUAUCUUCCACCCUUGUCAUCUAAUAGUAAGGAAGAAGUCUAUUACAACAGUUCUGAUGAUGAUGAUAAUACCUAUCACAUAUCAAAAUCUACUUCGCUAAUGUUAGCUUUCAACAGCGAUUAUGAGAUGUAUAUCGAUAUGGUGGACGAAUUAUAUUUGUGGAAGGAGGAGGAGGAGGAGAAGGAGAAGGAGGGAGACGAUAUAGUAGGCUAGAGAAAGGGUUAAGCCCUAUACAUUCAACAUCGAAUGAAGUGAGCAUUCAUUCACUUUUUCCAAUUUUAUGGCGUAGCUUCACUAAUUUUUAAGUACUAAUUGCUCUUAAUCAGCUCAACAAA